UUCUGUAAAGGAUGAAUCGAGUUUGUACUUGAUUGGUUACAUAAUCAUGUGUAAGCAACGUAUACAAUAUUACGUCACUUUCACACGUUCGGAGUAAAACGGCACGUGCAGAGGGGCGUUUCGCACUGCGCGUCGAUUCGUUCCUCUGUAAUGAACGUAUGUCGUGCAAGCGCGCGUUCACGAGUCGUACAAAUAGCGAAGACUCUUAAACGAUCGUGAUCAGUGAAGUGAUACACAACGAUGGAGAACAAAUCGGUUAGCCGUUCCGUCGAAGACGAAGUAAAGCAAAUCCAAGCUUAUUUGAGAAAGUACGAGAACGAUGACAAUUUGGAAAUUCUGGAGGCUAUGGACAGGCCGGGGUCAAAACCUGGAGACAAUUAUACGUCGGUGCUAAUCAAAACAAAACUUGUCGGUAGACGCGGGGACGGAAGUCCUUAUACCAAGUCCAUUAUAACGAAAAGUAUCGUCGAAGGUCGCGCAAUCUCCGGAUUAAUAGAUCUCCACACUCUUUUCCGUAUGGAGGCACAUGUCUAUCAAAAAAUAUUGCCCGUCCUUGGGUCUUUUGGUCCUCGAUGUAUAUAUGCCGACAGAGAUACUAUAAUAAUGGAAGAUCUAGCGGAGAAGGGAUACGUCAACUGCGAAAGGCGCGACUUCCUGGACUUGGAUCACACCAUCUUUACCUUGAAGAAACUUGCCAAAUUUCACGCAUCGGGAUUAGCGGUGAAGAUGAAUGAUCCGCAGUUGUUCGACGAAUUAACCGAAUCUUUGGAAGAGGUGGUUUACAAUGACACUUCCGAAAAGUCAGUAAUGAGAUUGUGCACGGAAAUGUGUAUAAAGUCGGCGGUGAAAUCUUUAGAAGUAAUAGAACCGCGAACGCAGGAGUUGCAAGCUGUCAUAGAUUACAUUGCCAGUUACGUUGAUAAAACUUACGAUACAAUGUGUCGAAUGAUCAAUGCGCCGAAGCAAAAAUAUCACACAAUCUGCCAUGGCGAUCCGUGGAUUAAUAAUAUGCUAUUUCUGCACGAUAACGAAGGCAAGAUAAUUGAUCUGAAAAUGGUAGAUUAUCAGAUAAUCAGACAUACCUCGGUGAGCACUGACAUUCAUUAUUUAAUAUACACUAGCGUACAAUCGUCGUUGAUCGAGAGAAGCUACGAGAGUCUCAUUAGGAUUUAUCACAGCGAGUUUCUCAAGGAGCUCCGUCGAUUAAACGUAGACGAGAAGAUUUUGACGGAGCUGGAUCGCGAAUGGCUGGAGACGGAGUUGCGAGCUUACGCCUUUUACGGUGGGCUCACCGGAUGCUUCAUGGCAAAUCCGAUAUUGGCGGAAGAGGAGGAUGUGUUACAAUUUGAAAAGAUGGCAUUCGGCCCAGAUAAUCCAUUCUGGAGCACCGAUGUAAACAUAAUGAAUAUAAGUCAGAAGAAACUCGAUCGAGUCAAAUGCAUCACGUGCCACUUGUACAGAAGAUAUAGCUUAGGUAUUAUUGACGACGACCUUGAACCGAUUUCUAUCACGACAUAGUACAUAUGAAAUAGAAGAUUGCUCGUAACAGCCGGUGUUAUAACGAACAAGCAUAAAUUCUGAUGCUUAUGAUGUAGCGAAAUGAAAAAAGAGAACUAUUAUAUAGAACUAUUAUUUAUCUUUUUUCUCGUGUUAUGUAAAAGAUUGUAUAUUGUAUAUACGAAUAGGAUUCAAGUUGCACCUAUAUAAUAUAGUAAUAUUAUAUAAAAAUAGUUUAAAAAAAAUUAAAAAUUUUUAAAUUUUUUUAUUGAAUAAAAUUUAUAAUAACACUUUUUUUAUGUAAGUAGAGACUUUUUAAGAAGAAAUAUAUCUUUUUUUUUUUUUUAAUGCGACGGCAUAGAAAAUAUGAAGAGGUAUAAUUUACAUUGAUUCUCCACGUUGCUUAAAUAAUUUCUUAACGAUGUUCCGUAACGAUGAUUGAGAAACAAUGUUCCAUAAACGGUGAUUUGUGCAAACGGCAUGUUUCUCACAACACAAUUUUGCCGAAAUCUAUUCGCAAUGCCCAUUUAUUUCACAUCGCUGCGGCAUUAUUUCAUUAUUUCAAAGCGCAUAUCGUCCUAUGAUUAUUGUUACCGACGAGACCGCAUUACGGAAUGCCGUAACUUAUCAAGUCUCAUCAUUUUACAUUGCGCGAACGAAGCUUUAAUUAAUAGCGCUUUAUUCGAAAAUCUGCUCAAAAGAUUUUGAAAAUAAUCAUGAUGAGACGAUAUCAUCUUUAUCGGGAUUAUUUAUUUAGAAGUGUAUUCCAGUAUUAAUAUAUAUAUAUAUAUAUAUAUAUAUAUAUAUAUAUAUAUAAUUGUUUAAUUAUUUUUCUCUACUUUGAAAUGAGCAUAAUGUAGAAAGAAACUUAGGAUAUAUUUUAAUAGUGGAAAGAUGGACAUAGCAUAUUUAAUAUUUAAAAUACAAUAUAUCAUAAUUUUAUUUUAUCAAUAGCCGAUCUAUAAGUGGCUUGUUACGUAUAGCAAAUGAUAAUCGAUAGACAGAUAAUUUGAAUUGAAUAUGACAUCGUCUACAAAUAAUGUCGUUGAAAAUAGUAUGUAGAUUUUUUCAGAAUAAUCGCAAAUAAUAAUCAAAUAUCGCAAAAACAAUAUUUUGCUGUAAUGAUUGUUAUAAGAGACAGUCGUAAAUAAUUCAUUUUAUUUAUAUUAUCUAAAAGAUUGAAGAAGGAGAAAUAGUUCUAAAAAAAUCUGAACGAACGGUUUAAAGAAAACUAAAAAUGAGCGAAAUAAUCAAAAUGUAUAUCUAAUCAGAUUUUGUAAUUGCAUUUUAGAAAGGGUAAGAAAUUGAUGGAAAUUUAAAACAAUUUAGUUACUUUGUAUUUUUAAUUAUAUAUGAAAAGUAAAAGCUCUAUUAAUCGAAAAAAAAAGAUGUUCAGAUAGUCGAACAACUUAUUCAAAUGUCUCAAAAUAUAAAAAUAUAAAAUAUAAAAAGAAAGUUUAUUUAUUACGUAAUAUAUAUUGUAUAUAAAAAAUGUAACAAAACAAAAAUUAUAACAAUAAUUUAACAGUA